GUAUGUACAGAUAUCGUGUGGGGUGUUACCGAUCAUACUGAAUACACACAGAGGUAACGGCUAAAUAUAGUGAAUGUAAGUUGACCUAAAUAAGAGAGCAUAUACAUGUACGUGCUGGAAGUAAGAGUGAACAUCGUAAUACGGGUGGGAGUCACACGACGGAGAUAUUAGGUAUGUGUCAAACGCCUUUGGUACAUCAUAGCACGACAUAAAAUGGAUACCACAUGUGUCAUGUGUGAACUGACAUCCACAGUUGACAUUUUGCCAGUAGCAACACCUCUCCACACGGCGGGACAUCUAUCCGACAGGAUGUUCCGGAACAUUCAGAAGCCAGUGGAUCAGAAAAUUAAGUGGCGGGUGCUCUUGAUUUCGCUUAAUUUCCAGGAAAAUAUACGUGGCAGAAAGAAACUUAUUGAGCUUGUAGGCAAAUACAGUCCACGAAUCGCAUACGAGCUCGGGAAACCAGGUUUCAAUGGCCAAAUAAGCUGUGUGUGUGGUCCGGAAAUAAAGCGUUCCUCAACUGAAGAAGAACCCUGCUCUACAAACUACAUGUCAUUUCAGGCUGCAAAAUCUAUUAUGCCUGCCAUUCCCCUUCGCAGGGCAAAGUCUCGUGGUACUCUUGUAACGUGCGAACUCCUUGCAAAGAAAUCAGAUGUGUCGGAAUCCUCAACCAGUGCCCAGUCUGAACACGUUGAGACGAGCUCUAGCAGAAGUUUGAUAUCGUCUUCAUCUGGGAUAGGAAGCGCAUCAUCCGUCGAUACUGUUGACAGCGUGUUUUUCAGUGAACGUUAUCCAGUUGAGGAAGGAAAGAUGACCUCCAAUGGCGCGACGCCUGUAAAGAUGGUUCCAGGUUCUGAGUGCCAUACAUCCAUGAAAACCGUUCCAACGACAAAUGUUAUACAGGAAACUGAAGAUGAUAACACUACCCGACGUUCGUCUCUGGCAGAGAGGCCACACGAUGUAGAUAUCCCCAACAGUACACCACGACCUCUAGACAUACCUGAGCGGCAGAUACUACUGGGCCUGGUAGUGCUUAUUUUCUUACCAGUCGGUGCUUGCUUGAUGCCAAGAGAUCUCGUGUUCAGCAUUGCCGCACUGAUAGUAUUGCAAAUAUACAGUUAUUGGAGGCAGUGAGGACUAUUGGAGAAUAACCUACGGGCGGUAAUGGGUUACGGAUUAAGUGUGCGUGUGAAUUAUGGGUGUCCGCUCCGAGCCUUGGAGUGAGUGAGUAUGGUUUUACGCCGCUUUUAGCAAUAUUCCAGCAAUAUCACGGCGA